GUUGCAGCCUGAGCUCAAAGACCGGGCCAUGGACGCUUUGCGCGGCGCUGUCAUACUGGCCAGACAUGCGUUCCAGGAUACGCGCGGGCCAAGAGCUGUGGCCUGGAGCGUGGCAGUCUUCUUGCUACUUCUUGCUGAAGUCGCCACUGCUGGGCACUACAGCGUUGUACAAAAACAUCUGAUUACAGCCUUGCAGGCGAAAAAUGCGCCAGUCUUCAAGAAGUCGCUGUGGCAGGUGGGUGGUAUCAUUCUCUUUAUCAGUCCGAUUAUCGCAUUGCGUGAAUAUGCGGCUGGAAUGCUGGGGAUGAACUGGCGCACAUCCUUAACCACCCGCUUGGCCAGGCGCUACCUGACACCUCCCAAAGGGUCUGAGCGCCACCCAUACUAUGCUCUUACUCUGACUGGUGAGAUCGACAACCCAGACCAACGGAUUUGCCAGGACGUCGGUCACUUUGUGAACUCAGCUGUGUCCUUCACGCAAGAUAUGAUAAGGACCACGCUCAGCGUCUUGACCUUUGCACCUGUCCUGUACUCCAUCUCUCCCACAGCAUGCCUUGGGGGGAUUGCCUAUGCAGUCACGGGUACUUUGGUGUCGGCGCGCGGCUUUGGCAUUUGGCUGGGUUUCUACAAAAUGCAGAGCCUCCAGCAAGAAGCAACCCUACGCUACAAGCUCAUCCGAGUGCGUGAGAAUGCAGAGUCAAUCGCAUUUUUUGACGGAGGAGAAGCUGAAUGGUCAAAAUUCAAGACAUCCUUCGACAGCUUGCUGCAGACGCUGCAGAAGACUGUCAUGGUUGCAGUGGGCUAUGGCAUGCUGAAUCGGAGCUUCCAGUGGGCUACCUUUGCCGUCACACCACUGCUGGUUGGACCCGCCUAUUUAGAGGGCAAGGUGGAGUAUGGUGUCAUUGCACAGGCAACGAUGGCAUUCAAUAUCAUCCUCGAGGCCUGUACGCUGGUGAUGCAGCGCCUGGAGUCCUUAAGUGACAUCUCCGUGCGCAUCCGGCGGCUGGCUGCGCUGGACCAAGCCCUGGAGCCCACGCAGCGUGAGCCUGGCAUCUCUCGGCGACAAGCGCACAUGCUGAGGUUCCAAGGUGUCAGCUUGCAGACGCCCCGCAGUGAUGUGUGCCAGGUGCUCUUUGAGAACGUGUCCUUUGAGGUCCCCGAAGGGCAGUCUCUGCUCGUGGUGGGAGAGAGCGGCAUUGGCAAGAGCUCCUUGCUGCGAGCUGCAGCUGGGCUCUGGGUCAAGGGCUGCGGGACCAUUGAGCUGUGUGACAGGCACUCUGUGUUUUUCAUGCCUCAGAAGCCGUACAUGUUCUUGGGCUCACUCAAGGAGCAGCUGCUGUACCCUCACGCGGAUGACGUGCGUCCAGAUGCUGACGUUGAAGAAGCCCUACGACAAGUACACUUGCAAGACUUGUUGGACCGCCAUAACCUUUCAGACACCAAAGACUGGGCAAGCCUAUUGUCGCUAGGUCAGCAACAGCGUAUCAACUUCGCCCGCGUCUUGUUACGCCCGAGUAUUCAAUUUGCGCUCAUGGACGAGUGCACUUCAGCCUGCGAUCCAGAAAAUGAGAUGCUUCUGUACCAGCUCUUGAGGCAGAGACUCCGCAGCUAUGUCUCGGUGGGCCAUAGACCUUCGCUUCAAAACUUUCACAGUCACGCGCUGUGGCUUCGCAGGUCGGCGUUUGGGCCUGCUGAGGUGACAAUGCAUUCGAUGGUUGAGUACCAAAUGAUGAAAAAGAGCAUUCAGCAGCUGUCAGCAUCAUUGAUAAUUUUCUUGUCUAAGUGUUUGUAG